CGCCAGCGACCGUCUUGCUCUUGCCGUGGCUAAUUUAACGCGAGCUUGACCGAGUUGUGGCCGCAGAGAGGCCAGAUCGAUCGAGCAUUCGAGCAGUCGGGUCGGACAUUGAAGACUUGCACUAGCAGGGAUCGAGGAGGGGCAGAAGACGAUGGCUGCGCCGGCGCCGCAGCUGGGGCAGCCGAGGCGGCAGAAGGUGAUAGUGGCCGUGGACGAGAGCGAGUGCAGCCGCUACACGCUGGAGUGGACACUGCGGAACCUGGCGCCCACGCUGGCGCCCCCGCUGCUGCUGCUCACCGUGCAGCCGCUCGUCCCCAUCGGCUACGUCUCCGCCGCCUCCUUCGGCGUCCCUCUGGGCACCGUUCCUGUACCUCCGGAGCUCGUCAAGUCGAUGCAGGAGCAGCAGAGGCAUCUCACGCAGGCUCUCCUCGACAAAGCCAAGGCAAUCUGCGCAGACCACGGGGUAGCUGUUGAGACAGUUGUUGAGGUAGGAGAUCCUAAGGAGGUGAUAUGUGAAGCAGCUGAGAAGAGAAAUGUUGAUCUGCUGGUCCUUGGAAGCCACAGUCGUGGGCCUAUACAAAGGUUGUUUAUUGGGAGUGUCAGUAACUACUGCGUGCAUCAUUCUAAGUGUCCAGUUCUUGUUGUGAAGAAUCAGUGUUGAGGUUUCCUUCACACAUCAACUCUCCAGGUCUUUGUAAUUCUGCUUGGGUAUUUAUCAAAAUACGAUCCGCAAUAAUGAAACAAUAAUAAUAAUGUACAGUAUUACUUUUGCCAAGCUCAUUUGGCAAAUAAAGCAGCUUGAUUCUGCGACCGGCAAAA